AUGAGUUCUAGUUCGCGGGCAACCACGAGCGAAUCACGCACGGUGGACGAUAAGUUCGUCACUCACAACCUCGACAAGCCGACGCCCACCGUGGAAUGGCUCCCCGACGGGGAGGAGCUGGAGGGAAAGCUUACUAUCCAGAAACUGAUCGUCGGAACUUGCGCGCCAGAGAAUGAACAAAGCAUCCUUAUGCUCGAUCAAGUUAAGCUGAGUCGCGAAGAUUGGGUUGGUGAAGAAUCCAGUUCCUCCGUUGAGAUCGGGAUGACAAGAAGAGUGCAGAAAAUAAAUCAUGAUGGGGUAGUUAACUGGGCUCGUUACAUGCCACAAAACCCAAGUAUUAUUGCUACCAAGACAGGCAGUGCUGAGUUUUUCAUAUUUGAUUGUACCAAACAUCCAUCAAAACCUCCCGAGGAGGGUGUUUGCAACCCUGAUUUGAGGUUAACUGGUCACAAAGACAAAGGGCAUUGCUUGUCCUGGAGUCCAUUUAAGAAGGGUCAUUUGUUAAGUGGCUCAGAGGAUGGCCAAGUUUGCUUGUGGGAUGUUAAUGCCACUCCAACGGAUAAGACACUUGAGGCUAUGCGUAUAUUUGAUAUACAGCAUGGAUGUAUUGAGGAUGUAGCUUGGCAUAUGAAGGAUGGGAACUUAUUUGGUACAGUUGGAGAAGAUAAACAUCUACAUAUAUGGGAUAUACGCACUCCAGCAAUCAAUUUUAAUCAAUCUGUACUUUGUCAUGAUGCUAAGGUUAACUCCCUGGCAUUUUGUGGACCGAUUGUAGCAACUGGAUCAUCUGAUAGGAAAGUCAAAGUGUUUGAUCCGCGCAAGACUUCCCCUUUCCUCCAUACCUUGGAAUGUCACAGGGAGGAAGUUGGCCAUGGUAGGUGGAAUCAUAAGCAUGAGAAUUAUUUAGCUUCAAGCUCUGGCAGGAAGAUUAUUGUUUGGGAUAUUAGCAGGAUGGGGCACGCACAAACCAGUGAGGAGGCUAAUAGAGGACCCCUGGAGUUUGUCUUUUUUCACUCUGCCCACACGGAUAGCAUUACAGACUUCUCAUGGAGCCCAACCUACGACUUGGCUAUUGCUAGUGUAGCCAAGGACAACAAUCUAGAGGUAUUGCGGAUGCGAGAACUCAUUUUUGUUGUGAAACUUCAGAAAACAUAUACUCUGUACUUAUCUUCAACUUCAAAUACAAGAAGAGUGCAGAAAAUAAAUCAUGAUGGGGUAGUUAACUGGGCUCGUUACAUGCCACAAAACCCAAGUAUUAUUGCUACCAAGACAGGCAGUGCUGAGUUUUUCAUUUUUGAUUGUACCAAACAUCCAUCAAAACAUCCCGAGGAGGGUGUUUGCAACCCUGAUUUGAGGUUAACUGGUCACAAAGACAAAGGGCAUUGCUUGUCCUGGAGUCCAUUUAAGAAGGGUCAUUUGUUAAGUGGCUCAGAGGAUGGCCAAGUUUGCUUGUGGGAUGUUAAUGCCACUCCAACGGAUAAGACACUUGAGGCUAUGCGUAUAUUUGAUAUACAGCAUGGAUGUAUUGAGGAUGUAGCUUGGCAUAUGAAGGAUGGGAACUUAUUUGGUACAGUUGGAGAAGAUAAACAUCUACAUAUAUGGGAUAUACGCACUCCAGCAAUCAAUUUUAAUCAAUCUGUACUUUGUCAUGAUGCUAAGCUUUCCAUUUGUUCGUAUAUCCCUUUGGAGCCCAUGGAGUUUAUGGAGGGGGUGGAAAACAACGACACUAUCGAAGUAGGAGGAUUAAGAGCCUGCUUCUGGGAUAUGGAAGGCGGGGAACUACAUUAUUUAACUGAAGAGUGGGAUACCUUUGAGUUAGAGCUUGACUCAAUUAGUUUUGAGUUAGUAGAAUAG